AUGAGUCCUCAGGUAUACGUUCCCUCAGCCCCUCCUCCACCUUCUGACAUCACAUCUGCUAUGCAAUCCAUGCUGCACGUCCUUUUUCUCCCAACGCCUUUCAAGAGCAGUGUGCAUGCAGAAGCCGCGCUAUUUGGUCGCGAACCGGACGGCAAUCCUACUCAAAUCCUCGAUACAGCACUCACACUCACCCCCUCCAAAAGAAUCAAAAAAAAAUUCUGGCGUGAAAGUGGCCGCCUUCACGUGCACUGGCAUUGCCCAAGCCGAAACAAAGACACCGUCCUCAAAAAUGCAGACGAAAUGCUCAAUUUCACGUGCAGCAAGGAACAACAACUCGAAAGGAUCUUCAAAGAAAUCGCUGAUUCAGGCAUCAGAGUCAUCGCAGGCUCGUCCGUCGGCGACCUCGCCCUAUACUACCCCAAUCGCUUCAACAUCAAAGUCCUUUCCAAAUCCGACUCCCGCCGUGUAGCCCACGUUGUCAACGCCACACCUCUCGCCCGCGUCAGCACACUCACCCCGAAGGAAGCCAGCUACGUCGACAUCUUCGAGAUGACGGAGAUCGAUGGAGACCGCGUCACUGUCCUCUGUCAGCUCGCUCACGGCGAGGACGGGCAUCAGAGCCACGCAGAGGAGACACGUACAGUGCUUAGAGGCCGGGGGCGAUGGCCAAUCAUCUCGACUACAUCGAGCGCGCCAUUGAGGCUGCUACUAUGA